AUGGAGAACGUGUCCAUCCCUGGUGGUGCGCCACCGCCAGUCUGCAACGACUCGGUGGACUUCUACUCCCUUGCGUCAGGCAACAGCACUGACCUGAACUGCACUCCUCCGUCUGAGUUUUACUUCUACGCUGACCUUUACAUAAUUUUACCGGUCAUCUACUCUGUAAUCUGUGCCGUGGGGCUGACAGGCAACACAGCUGUCAUCUAUGUGAUCCUUAAAGCCCCCAAGAUGAAAACGGUUACCAACAUGUUCAUCCUGAACUUGGCCAUCGCCGACGACUUGUUCACUCUGGUGUUGCCGAUCAACAUAGCCGAACACCUGCUGCACUACUGGCCUUUUGGCGAGGUUUUGUGCAAAGUCAUCCUGAGCAUUGACCACUACAACAUCUUCUCCAGCAUCUAUUUCCUGACAGUUAUGAGCAUUGACCGCUACCUGGUGGUUUUGGCCACGGUGAGGUCCAAGCGCAUGCCGUACCGCACCUACCGAGCAGCCAAAAUCAUCUCGCUCUGCGUCUGGAUCCUGGUCAUCCUCAUUGUCCUGCCUUUCAGCGUUUUCGCCGGCGUCUACACGAGCCCAAACGAUGGCAGGAAGAGCUGCGUGCUCAGCUUCCCCAGCCCCGAGAGUUUGUGGUUCAAAGCGAGCCGGAUCUACACGCUGAUCCUGGGCUUCGCCAUCCCCGUCUCGACCAUCUGCAUCCUGUACACCAUGAUGCUCUACAAGCUGAGGAACAUGCGGCUCAACAGCAACGCCAAGGCGCUGGACAAGGCCAAGAAGAAAGUCACCAUCAUGGUGUUCAUCGUGUUGGCCGUGUGCCUGUUCUGCUGGACGCCGUUCCACCUCAGCACCAUCGUGGCUCUGACCACAGACCUGCAGACUACGCCGCUCCUGAUUGGCAUCUCCUACUUCAUAACCAGCCUGAGCUACGCCAACUCCUGCCUCAACCCGUUCCUCUACGCCUUCCUGGACGAUAGCUUCCGGAAAGCCUUCAAGAAAAUGUUGGAAUGUAGACCGGCCUGA